CUUCACAGAGCUGAACUCACUGUACAAACAGUCUCUAUUUCUUUCUAGUUCUAGAGAGAGAAAACACCAAAAACACACACUCACUCUGUGUUUUUUUCCUAUUCACAACUCACAAUCUACACAGAAAUUGAUUUUUUUUUCUGUACAUAUAUAUACACGAUCUACUUCUUUUGAUCAGUGUACUUUUUUUUUGUUGAUUCUUCCAGCUUUGUUAGCUGAAAAUAAGCAGAUUCAGGUAAAAAAAUGGAUUUGUACGGUCGGUCACACUCCGAUCAACAGUCGGAAUGGGUUCCUGUUGGACCAGAAACCGGUCUUGAAGAAUCAAUGAGGAGGUUGGGGUUGUGGAGCCGAGAAGCAUACCCGGAAAGGUCCGGGACAUCGAAUUGCUCUUUCUAUAUGCGUACAGGGUCUUGUGGAUAUGGUGCUAAGUGCCGGUAUAAUCAUCCUCCUGAUCGUAGCUCUGUUGGUGCUGUGCUGUUGGAAAGAAGUGAAUAUCCAGAACGAAUAGGAGAGCCUACAUGCCAGUACUAUCUAAGAACAGCGACCUGUAAAUUUGGUGCAUCAUGCAAGUUCCACCAUCCAAGAAACUUAGGUGGAUCGUUGAGCAAUAUAUCAUUAAAUGUUUAUGGAUACCCAUUACAUCCGGAGGAAAGAGAAUGCUCCUAUUAUUUGAAAACGGGGCAAUGCAAAUUUGGUAUAACGUGUAAAUUCCAUCACCCUGACCAUACUGAGGUAUCAGCGCCAGCAACUGCACGUCCAUUUUAUCCGACAGCAUCUUCUCUUCCUACUCCCCCUGAAGAAUAUAACAGUGCAUCAACUAGCUCUAGAGUAGCAAGGCCUCAACUCUUAUCUGGUCCUUAUGUACCUGGUACUUAUGGUCCAGUUUUGCUUCACCCGGGAGUGGUGACCAUUCAGAACUGGAGCACUUACUCGGGACCAGUGAGUCCUGCUCUAUCUCCUGGUGCUCAACCCUCUGCUGGGAUGGCAUCUAUUUAUGGGAUGCCGCAACUAGCAUCUUCUACGGCUGCCUUUGCAGCACCUUACUCUCCGUUACACUCUGCUGCUGGCCCUUCAAGCAGUGCACUGAAAGAAAAUCGUUUUCCAGAAAGACCAGGCCAACCAGUAUGUCAAUAUUACAUGAAAACUGGGGACUGUAAAUUUGGAUCGUCCUGUAAGUUUCAUCAUCCUGCUGACUGGAUUGCAUCAAAGACAGAUUGUGCUUUCAGUCCCUUAGGCCUUCCUUUGCGUCCGGGGGUGCAGCCUUGUUCCUUUUACAUGCAAAGAGGAUUCUGCAAAUUCGGUGGCACAUGUAAAUUCGAUCAUCCUAUGGGAACAGUACGAUAUAGUCCAUCAGCUUCUUCUCUUCCUGAUAUACCGAAUGCUCCUUACAUGUCGGGAUCUUCCCUUACUUUGGCUCCUAUUUCAUCGCCAGAGUAACAACCCGGAUUUGUUACAGGAUCCAAGGCGGAUCCCUUCUCAUAGUGCAGCAUCUGGUACUUCUUCAAUCCCGAAUAUGCAACUGUCGAGUCGGGGAAGUUGGCCAGUGAAGUUAAUGUAAACAUCAAGCCUUAUUUAAUGCUUUCCUGGUAAUUUCUGUAUAUUUAUCAUCAAUAAAUAGCUUAAUGUUAUCUUCUUUAAA